CUACGACAGCAUAGCCACACGUUAUGAAGAGUCAUCUGCCACUGCUACUCUGCUAGCAUAGUCCAUUCAAUGUCUGCUAUCCACUCGGCGCUUGUCCACCUCUAUUUCCAGAACAUGGAACGGAAGCCUACUUGGACGGAGCCUGACCAUCGGGUGAGAUACGUCAGAAUCGGAUGCUGAAGGUCCACCACGUCUAAAAAUGCAGGACUAUAUACUGGCGGCCGCGUCCGGAGCUUGCGUUUCCCUUCUUAUUUUAAAAGUCGAGUUUGUUUCACAGUCCUGUUUCUGCAUGCCUCCAUAGCCAUCCAAGCUUCUCUAUCAAACAGAUAAUGCCAUUGUCUUAUCGAUUAGUUUGAGCUUGGACACAAUUGCACGUUCUGGUAUAUCAAUCUUCCGCUACGUACCUUUGCCUUUGUCACUUCCUCUCUGUACUUCUCCUCGUCCAUCACAAUGGGUCCCUUGAUGGGUCUCUCCAAGCUCUCCAGACUAUCGCUUCUCUAUCUCAUAUCGACCACAAUACCGACUUCUCAAGCUAUGAACCUCCUCUCUCGGCAGGCGGCAACUUGUGGUGGUAUGUCCACUCUCGCCCAGUGUGGAUCCAACUUUCCUUCCGAUUUCUGCUGUCCCAAGGAUACAACAUGUGUCUCGGUGAACGGCACCAAGUCUGUAUCUGUAAUAUGUUGUCCGAAAGGCGCAAACUGUUCCUUCAUUCAGCCCAUAACCUGCGACGUGAGCCAGCUAAACGCAACCACCCAUCCCGACAACCAAAUCCAUCUCUCCAACUCCACUGAAGUCAAACUCCCCACUUGCGGAGGGCAGUGUUGUCCCUUAGGCUAUACCUGCAAUGGCGGCAUGUGCUCUGCAAACGCCGGAUCUCCAACUUCUUCUCCUUCCUCUUCCGCUAUCCCCAUAGCUACAGACGCACCAGCUGCAUCUCAGACAACAGCAGCCGCUCCCCUCCCAACUCCUCGGGCUAAGCAGGGCUUUGAUGGCAAAUCAUUCGCCGCUGGCUUUUUCCCAGGUAUUGUUCUCGGAGCACUCUUGGCACUGGGACUUCUCUGGGCCAUCAAAAAACGCCGCGAGCUUCAAGAAAGAAACCGCUAUUCGGGCGACUUCGGACACGUUUCCCGCCAAAUCAGCGAUCCAAUCUACGACCCUAUGUAUGCCAAUCGAACAGACUUCAUCCGCCGAGGAUCCAGUUCUGUAGAGCCCUCGCCAAACUCCGCAACAGGAAUGGUGCCAAAGAACGGGAUGCGAGGUGGAGGUAGCGGAGGCAUGACUCCGAGAAUCAAGAGCCUGUUUGGAAAAAGCCCGAGGAUUGGGUUCGGCGGAAAUUCUUCAUUCUCCACAGUGCCUGUACCACCUCCGGCCGUCAGAGCAGGCAAUAGAGAUCCGUACGCAACGCCGACACGUACACCAAAUCGAAUGACGUCUAGGUCAAAUCGAACGUCGGUUUCCAACAAGGGAAAACGGCCCCUAACCACAAGAAGCACCAGUACCGAAACUAUAGACGUCCUGAUGCCAGCGCCUUCCUUCCUGGAGCCACCGAAAGCGCCUGGAAUGCGGGAGAACCGACUGACACAGGACACGACUUUUACGAAGUUGAUGGAGAGGGCGGGUUAUGAAGAGGAUAGUAGAGAGCAGAUUCGGGAUUGGAAAGGCAGUCCCGCCAAUCCAAGAUAGAGUAGAAGAAUUAAGUGGUAGACAACAGUUUGGAAAUAGACUCUUAAAGCUUCUGAACUUUCUUUUAUUGUUAGCACUGGCGUUUUGCAUCAGAUUUGGCAUUUGGGUUUUGUUUGGAGUCUAGAUGUUCAGGUUUGAUGCGGUUUUAGGCUUUCAGAUUUAGGAUUUGGGGGAAUUGGGAUACACGAUACCACGGCAUUGCCACUC